UCACAUUCACGAAGAUACUGAGAAUGUAUUCAGACAGGUGGAUUAUUCUUUUAGCCCUGUGGCUUACAUCUGCUUCCUCAAGUCAAGGAGUCUGUAAGAAACAAAGAGUCAGCGCUCUACUUGGCUCUUCUGUGGUCUUGCCCUGCAACUUUUCAUCAGAUGACUCCAGCUGGGUUGAAUGGACUCAGGAAGAUGGACCAAAUGUGGACCUGGUUCGUCUCUCAUCUAAGGGACGCAUUCUUUACCUGGACCCCAGAUCUGGGCGAGUGAAAACCUUUCCCCUCCAGGCUUCAGAGAGGAAAUACUCUAUCAUCAUUGAUGAGCUCCAAAACUCUGAUAUAGGUUCUUACUACUGCAGGAAGAGCAAUGAAUGCUUUGAAGUGAAGUUGUCCAAAGGUCAAGGAGUCUGUAAGACACAAAGAGUCAGCGCUCUACUUGGCUCUUCUGUGGUCUUGCCCUGCAACUUUUUAUCAGACGACUCCAGCUGGGUUGAAUGGACUCAGGCUAAGGAAGAUGGACAAGAUGUGGACCUGGUUCGUCUCUCAUCUAAGGGACGCAUUCUUUACCUGGACCCCAGAUCUGGGCGAGUGAAAACCUUUCCCCUCCAGGCUUCAGAGAGGAAAUACUCUAUCAUCAUUGAUGAGCUCCAAAACUCUGAUAUAGGUUCUUACUACUGCAGGAAGAGCAAUGAAUGCUUUGAAGUGAAGUUGAAGUUGAAAUACAAAGGUCAAGGAGUCUGUAAGACACAAAGAGUCAGCGCUCUACUUGGCUCUUCUGUGGUCUUGCCCUGCAACUUUUCGUCAGAUGACUCCAGCUGGGUUGAAUGGACUCAGGAAGAUGGACCAAAUGUGGACCUGGUUCGUCUCUCAUCUAAGGGACGCAUUCUUUACCUGGACCCCAGAUCUGGGCGAGUGAAAACCUUUCCCCUCCAGGCUUCAGAGAGGAAAUACUCUAUCAUCAUUGAUGAGCUCCAAAACUCUGAUAUAGGUUCUUACUACUGCAGGAAGAGCAAUGAAUGCUUUGAAGUGAAGUUGUCCGAAGACAAUGGUGAGAGGAGCUCAAAGAUGUAUCUUCUGAUCUCCAUCUGUACUGGUGCAGCUGCCUUGAUCCUCGUCAGCCUUUUGGGCUACUUCUGCUGUUUGAAAUGCAUUUGCCUUUCCAACAAAAAUGUGACUGAUGGUGUGAUCAUGACAGUCAGUGGAACUGCAGGUCCCAGUGCUCCACCACACGAAGGCGGCGUAAACGGACUUCCAACAGGAGGCAAUAAUCUUGACAAUAAUCUUGUUUAUGAAAAUGAUGACCAGUACUUAAACCCAUCCAGAAAUCCAAGUGGCCAAUCAGGAGCUGUGCAGCAUGGGAAUCAGCCUAAUCAGAGUGGGAUUGGAAUUUAUCCAAAUCUGGAUGAGUUCAAGUUUCAAAGAGCGGAAAGUCAGAGGACAAAGCAGAGAUUUCAUAUAGAGCUCUUCAGCAGGUUACGACAAGCCAGCAUAAAUCGCCAUUUUUAUGCGAACCAAGGAGAGAUCCGUAGGCAGCAAGCCAUGGCAGCACAAGCAGAGAAUAAUAGAGCAGGGAAGGGCAGGAGGAAACCCACAGACUCGUGUGAAUACAAAAACCCCAUUUACAACAGGAGCACAGACCAACUCAACCGACUCUAGACGAUUCAGGAGUCGGCUUUUUUUUUUUAUACUGAUGGAUAUUUACUGAUGAUGUUGUUUUUAAGUCUUACUUCAAUGUAUUUUUCUGUAUCUUGUUUCUUUAAAGCUUUUUAAUAAUAAUAAAAAUACAUAAAUCAUGAAUAAAAACUUGUUCUAAACUAUAUUUUUUUGUCUCAUGAAAGAAUGGAGGUGUAAAAUAAGACAUGGCUUUCAGAUUAAUGGCGUUUAGACACAGUGGUUGAAAGAAAUCAAGGUUUAUAUUUUGUCCACCUAAUUUUGAACAGGGUUAUGUGAAAGGUUAAGAAUGAAAAAUCACAACCUGUCUAACACGAAUAUUUUGGUGAGAAUGUAAAUGAGUCUUUACAGUAAGUCACAACAAAGACUGUCUUGUUUAAAUAUUUGAAGCUUGUUGGCUUCUGUGUCAAAUAUAAAGUUCUUCCUGAAAGACCUGUAAGUUAAGUAGUUCGGUCGUAGCUUUGUUCUAUUUGUAGCUACACCACAUGGUGCAGCGUCAUCUUGUCCCUGGCUGUUUUUCUAGAGGUACAAGAGGAAUCUGAAGCAGCUGACCUCUGAUAAUCUUGGCUAGGCAACCCAAAACAUGUAGAACACAAUUUCAUUACCAGAUCACGGCUUUGUACUUUGCUAUACAAAAGACUUUUCGUUCACGGUGGAAACGAGUCCAACACAGACUGUGCCUGUUA